CGCAGGAGUCCGCGCCAGCAGCAGCAGCAAGCAGAGCCGAAGCAACCAGAGUGUUCGCCAUCGUUCCUCUCCCUCGCCCCCAUCGUACCAGCUGCGCGCGCGCGAGCAUCGAACAAGAAUCGCCGCCGAUGCCUACGGCGCCGCCGCUCCGGACUCUGCACCUGCGCCGGUCUCCCUCGCCGCCCGACGCCGCGCCAGAGUCGGCGGCGAUCGUGGUCGACGGAGGCGGCGGGGUGGACCUCGCCCGCGUGGGCCUAGCGCUGGGGCUGGACCCCGCCAGCGUCCGCCUCAACGGCUACUUCGUCAGCCGCGGCCCCGGCCACGUCUCCACGGCGGUCACCUGGGGCGCGCUCCUCGCCUUCUUCGCCGCGCGCGGGCUCCCCGCCGGCGCCGACCCCGCCGCGCCCGUCGCCGUCCGCGGCAGGCCCGCGCCUCCGCCCCCACGCCCAGAUCCUGGAGUUCUUCAGUCCUCGAAGCGAAAGUCUGGGUUGGAGACAGAAAAUUGUUCCAAGAAGAGCAAGCUCCAACACAACGGCUCAGCACUUUCAAAAUCUAGUGAGGAGCUACUUAGUGAUGAGAUCACCCUUGGUUUGAAGAGAAGGCUCAGAUUGGACGACAUGACUCCAUCUAAGAGGAUCAAAGAAGUAGACUACACAGCAGUCAAUGGAGCAGAAACACAGCAGCCAGUUAAAUUCUCCUGCAGCUUCAUCAACGGGCACGGAAAGCGGCCACGAGAUGAGGAGAUGGUCACCUCACUCCCAUGCAAGAGAGUCCGGUGAUGCCGAUCUAUCCUGUAGACUGAGAUUUUUGUGUCACAAAUCCUGUUAUCCGAAACAACCGGCAGAGCUAAGAUGAUGAACUGACAUGGCUAAGAGAGGCUUAAAGACAUGGAGCCAUAGUUUCAGGUUUGUAUCAAGUGCCAGUUGCAACAGUUGUACAGUUUAGUACUUAUUUCUUGUGUACAUCGGUAUGUUUGAUAUGAUGCCAGAAAACAUGCUAAUGGUGGUCAAACAUGAUGGAAUCAGUGCAAAAUACUAA